GUUUGUGAACGGACGCCACUCGAAUCCGACCGGUACGAUAAUAUAAUUGCAGUGUAAUAAUAAUAAUAAUAAAAAAAAAAGUAAAAAUAAUAAUAAUACCUUAUAUCUAAUAGCGUCCAGAGAUCAUUAUGAUUCGGGCGAAAUACCUGCGGGCCGUUUGCAUUUUAUCCGUAGCCGUAGCCCAGCCGCCGCCGGUAAGAUUACGAAUAUCGAAAACGAUUUACCCGCAACACGGCAGUUGUUAUUAUUAUUGUUAUUAUCAUCGUCGUUGUUGUUGUAUAUGAUAUUUUCCAUUGCGUUUCUUAUUGUUGGUGUUAUUACGCUCGUAUUAUCGUAAUUUUCCCAUUCAACAGCGGUUCACUCUACAGCGAGGGGAUUGGAGGGGGGGGGUGGUGAUGCAGUACCCAUAUAUAAUAACAAUAAUAAUAAUACGAUAUUAUAGCCGCACAAUAUUGUACAUCCCUCCGAACGCGUACAGGUACUGGUAUUGUACAGGUUACCCGCCUUCGUGGAAAUUCCUCAAAAGACGGUUUCACCGGUAUCAACAGGUACGAUUUUAUAACCGAUCCAUUUUAUUAUUAUUAAGGACGCAACGAUAUAAUAAUAUACCUGCCCUUUAUUGUCGUCGACAUCCAGCAUUUCCAGUAUUUUUACAUUUUUUUUUUUUUCCCCCCCGAAAUAGUUACCGGUCAAUACACAAUAAAUUAUACUUAAACUGACACGAAAUAUCUCUGUAAUUCAAUAAACACGCGACCGUUUUCAAUUCCAAAAAUGCAUGCCUACACACCUACGUUUAGUCUCUGCGUGUAGCUGUAUAUAAUAAUAUACACGAGACCGUAUUGGUUGUUAUACGUUUUUCAUUGGUAACAUUUUGUUUGCGAUUACAAUGACUUUCACGUUUCACAAUAUUACAUAAAAUACCGCGACAACAACAAAAUCAUCAGUCAUCUGGUCUUAUGAACCGAAAACCGAGGAUGUCCGAAACUAAUACGGUCUGUAAAAUUCGUAUUUUUAUUUCAACUAUUUCCGUCGUUAAAAGCAAUAAAAAUCUAUAUUGAAAAUACCUUGUAUUAUGUACAAACAAAAUUAACUUUGUUAAAAACAAAAAAAAAACAUGUUUUUCAAAUAAAUGAUCAUCGUAAGCGUAACAGUUUAGCAAUCGUCAGAUUUGAUGUAUAAUUUUAAUUUAAAACAAACCUGUGAUCAUUUUAACGUUAACUCUUCGUAAUGACGAUGAAAGUGCAUUAAAUGUAUUAAAACAUAUUUGUUUUAAAAAAAAAAAAUUUUUGGUUACUGAGUGUAACAAAGAAUGUAUUGGUUUUAGAAAAAUGUUUGUUUUAAUUUUUAUUUGUUGACUUUAUAAAGCUUAUAAGCUUCAGUUAUCGGUAAUUAUUUUUACAGUAAACAUAUUCAGCAUGUGCAUACAUAUUUUUCUAAAAACCGAUCAAUACUAUACAGUAUUAAAUUUUAAGAUUUUGAAAGAUCAUAUUGAUAACAAAACAUUAUGUACUAUGAAUAUAUUUAUUGUAGUAUCCAAGAAAAUUAUGGAUGAGACGACGUUUUACUUGUCCCAUCUGGCGACUCGCCACUGCCUCCUCUGUCUGUCUUAACUGUACUCAAGUUUAAACCGCUCGUAACACUUAACAAUACAAUACUCCCACCUCUUAUAGUGGUCAUUUUCGUGUUUGGUUGUUUUCGAUUUCAGUCCCUUGAUCGUUGCUUUCUUCGGGCAUGCUCUGUUCAUUUCAAAAGAGAUCUUUGAAUUGACCAAAAAUUAUUCUUUCAAGAACGGCGCUUUUCUUCCGGUUUUUCGAAAAACUACGCUUCUGAGCCAGAAACAACACCACCGGGCGUAUUAACGUCAUGUAUAUGUCUGAACUUUCAAAUGCAUUAGUAUUUAUUUAUCGAUAGAGUUUGUCGUAAAAAUAUAAAUAUGCUCUUGUUUAAAAGUUUAGCUUUUAAAAACCUAAAUAACGCAAGUACGUGUGCCUAUAGUUUUCAAAUUCGAACUAUGAAAAUAACCCUUAUCGUGAAAACGUUUAUUCGCGGUAGUUACAUGGCCAUCAUUAUAUAGAUUUAAAACAGAUUAACCGUGGUUAUGGGUAAGUAUAUUAUACGUAUAAUCGAGGGGGUUAUUGUUUAUACUGCGUUAACAGUUCACCACUGCUGCAGUGCCGCAAGAUUCAAAAUGGAACUCUGCCAAAAGUCAAAAUGGUCUCGGGAAAUUCGCUUGUAUUAUAUAAUACACACAUUCACGAUUUAAAUCUUGUGAUUCCGACCAAACUCGAACCUUUAAUCGCAUUUCAUUCGAAAACAAUCUCACGGAUUUUGGACUUUGCAGUUGCCGCAGUAGAUAGUUGAAUAGUUCUCCAACCCGGGGAAUUAUAAUAAUAUUAUGUCCUGUAUGAAUUUAAACUUGGUAAAAAUUUUGUAAAUCAUUUCCAGAAAAAUCGAAAAUGUCAUAAUUAUUUUGACGGAAAAUCGUAUGAAAUUUUUUUUUUUAUAUUUUUGUUUGUUCGCACUCAGCAUUUUUCAUUUUUCUAUAAUAUUUUACUGCUAUACGGUAAUACGUAUCGUUCUCGAAAGAUGUUGCAUUUAUUAUAAUGCUCGUAUAUUCUCGACCGUUUUGCAUAUCCGAUGUUUUGUAAUAAUAUUUUAACUUUAUACGUUCGCGUAAUCCGAGAAAGACAACAAUGGUUAAUAAGUAUAAUAACUCCUCGUGUGCUGUCGCGUGACCUGACUAGGUACCUAUUAAUUCGUAAAAAUGAACUUUAUAAAUUUGAAAUUAUAAUAUUAAUAUACCUAUAUAGUAAUUGACAGUGGCGUAGCUAGACAUUAAAUUUUGAGAAGGUUGAAAUUAUCUAACAAUAUAAAUCACUUUAUUGAUGAUAUUUUUGAUAAUAAUAAUGUUGGUGUCUCUAAUAAAUAUCUUAAAUAAAAUACACUUUUAUAAACGCAAAUUAUUAACUGAUUAAUAUUAACUUAUAUUUACUUAAUAAUAUUAACUUAGUAGGGUUCAGGACUUAUAUCACUUUAAAACAUGAUAAUAAGCGCUAAAAUAUGCAAUGAAAUUUUUUUAGGUGGGCGUUUUUAUAUUGUGUUCAGAUGUAACUUUGUAAUUUUAUUGUGCGAAUAUAGCAUAUAACAUACAUAACAUAUUAUGCACUUGUUAUUACACACAUUAUUUUCUUAAUAAUCAUCUUAUCUACGUAACACAACACAUCUUGUAGAUAUCUGAUGUAUAACUGCAUAUAGUAAAAAUUAUAAUUUUUGUUAUAUAUAUAUGGUCAAUGGGAGAGGGGAGUGUUUGAACACCAAAAAUUACUCUCUUGCAGGGGAGGGGGCGUGAAAUAAAACGAAAUUCUCAAAAUGUAUGCUAAGUUAAAGUUUAAAUUAAAAUUAUUAGUUCAUAUUUUUUUUUUCGGGGGAGGGAUCAAGUGCCCCGUCUUGCCCAUCCUUACAGCCGUCCAUGCCAAUAUUGUAAUUUAUAAUACGCACCGUCAUAGUAUAGAAUUACUAUAUAACAUUAUAAAGUAGGUAUUGUUAAUGGACGUUCUUUGUUAUUUCACAUGCGGUACAAAAAUAUUCGCAAAAGUGUAUAAACAUGACAAUAUAAUAAUCAUAUUAUUAUAAACAUAAAUAUUUCAAUUGCUGUGUACAUUAUAUACACGUGAUCAUCAAUCAAUUUCGGAUUUUUUUAUUUAUUUUUUUAUUUUUUUUUAAUUAUGGCUUAGGUAUUACUUAUACCUAUAAUAUACAUACUGAACAUUGUUUAGGAAUAAUGAACUUAUAUAAUAUACUCGUAAUUGAAAAAAAAACUAACAAUUUUCAUUAGUACCGCAUAUUUUACUAAACUAAACUAAACUAAACUAAACUAAACGAAAGCCCGGGUACAAAACCAAGAACAGCGUCUGCAGAUAUUUGCGAGGCCUUGGAAAAAACAUUGUUACGAUAUACUGUGGUCGAUAUCAAGUAGACUUGACGAAAAAAUCAAUUAUCAUAAUUCUCAUGGCUUCACUAGAUUAAUCCGGUACGUUGCAAAUUAAACACGUUUAAAUGUCUGUGUCACCGACAUUUCGACAUUUCAUAGACACUACAGUGUGCGUAUUACAAAGAAAGAAAAUCAUAAUUUUCACACCCUUUAAAAAAAAAUUUCUUCCGUUAAGACAACAAAAAUGACUUUUCCGACGGAAGAUAAUAAUAAUGUAACAUUUUAAAUAAUAUUAUAGUCAGAUGUGAAUUAGGAAAUCAGAUUACUAUUACUAACUAUUAUCUAUAUGCUAUGUUUUAAAAUGUUUUGUUUGAGGAUCUUGGACAAUUAAUGUCCAUUCUACGGCAACAAACCUCUUAUGUUACAUACUAUUAUGUACCCGAACGAGAACUUUAAUACGUAAACUAUGUAAAAGUGACGCCUCGUUGCGGCUCGUAAACACUCGGAAUACAUAGACGCUUAUAAUACAGUCAUGAUACGCGGUGGUGGCGUCUAACAUUGCGUUUUUCAUUUAAUAAAAUAUGUUCAGAUAAAUUCGUAUGCGUUACGAAACGCGCGUGUGUUCUUGAUAAGGAAUACGAGAAAAAUACAAUUUCCUAAGUGCUUUAGGAGAGAAAAUACUUACAAUAAUAUUCGAUUACAGUUGAUGGGAUCGUACGUGUUGAGUUACACCCUGCAACGUCUCGAACAUGUAUACAUCAAAACGUCUAAAAUUAAAGCCCACGUGUGUCGUGAGACAAAAUAUUAUAUCCGUUGUUUAUACCUAUUACUCGCAAUCUCUUCUUCUGUUUGGCUUUGACCCUUAAAACCAUAUAGCAGAAUACAAAACCUCCUCUGUUCUCUUCAACUUCUCUCAGUUGAAUUUCCGUUAUUCCACUAUUUUAAUCAUAUCGUUCUAAACACACUCUUCUCGGCUCGAUCUCGAUCUCCCUAAAUACCUUUCUCCGUAGGGUCUUUUUCAACCACCUACUCAGCAUACAAAUCCAUGUUUACGACAGAUAUGAACACAUAUGGGACUUUCACAUCAGCCAUAUUUUAGCAAUCUCUCUAACUAUACAUAAGGCCUUAAUUGGUAGUGAACUUUAAGUUAAUCAUAAUAUUGUAAUCACCUCCGGUGAUUUGGACAUCAAAAGUUUAACUUAAUUUUUUUUUUCUCAAAAUCGCGCUGAUCUCAGUCCUUCGGAUUUUCCCAAUCAAAUGAAAACAAUUCGCACUAAUAUCGUAUAGUAAUAUACAUUGUUAUAGACAAAGGUACCUACCUUAUACCUGAAUACUAUCGUAUAAAUAAUGACAUCAUGCGUGGGCUCUUUCGCUGCAGAUAAAAGCGACAAUAAGAGACAUCGUCGUCACCGACGGGAUUAAAACUUCCGUAACGUCAUUAAAACGUAAUAUUAUUAUUCGAAUGUAGACGGAAACUAAAUACAAAACUUGCACGUUAUGUGUGAGGGUGUGUGUAGCCGCGAAUGUUCGUCCAUUUGGAAAACGGUGCAGUUAUACUGCACACGGCAAAUAGAUGUAAAAGAGAUUAGGUAUGAUAUAAUUGGAAUUGCACUAAUACGCGGUUUGCGCAUACUAUGGCAUUAGUGCGCGUCUAGUUAAGUUAGAGAAUGCAUUUAUGCGACAACUUGAUUCUAUAUUUAAAACAAUACGAGGUAUAUCAUGUAGAAAACGUCUUUAUGAUUUGCGUGUCAAUGAACACGAACACGAAUCUGUGACGAAGAAAAGGGACGAACGCACAUGUUUUUCUUUUUAAAUGAUAUUUCGAUAGAGAUAAAAACCAAACACCGUAUAAAAUAUUAGAUAAUAUGAAUAAUAAUACACCAGUAUAUAUACAAUGAUACUCGAUAUUCGUGGUAUCGAUACUUGGCUUAACUUCGAUGAUUCCGGUCUCCUCGUCACAUGUCUCCAAUUAUCUUCACUUUCACGGAAAAUUUUUAUCUACGAUACUCCCGUCAUCUCCCGAAUCUCCUUGUUUUUCCUCCUACGCCAGCAUUCCAGUGCACUGUUUCAUCGCAUACCGGACCAUAGAUAAUUCUCAGUAUUUUGUUUUCUAAUGUGAAGACUUCAUUGUCAAAAUAAUCCUUAAUAAUAUUACAGCAACACGAAAAGCCAUACAAUUGAUUUUUAAUAGUGUUAUAUUUAUAUUUGUUGGUUAUAUUUACGCAACUCGAGUAUAGUAGGCACUGGCAGUAAUUUUCGUCCCGAGGGAACGUGUUGUGUAAUCAUUGGAACGAUUUUUCGGGGACCGCUAAGAAUAUAGGUAUAAUUAAUUACCGGUAAAAUACGCACGUUAAUAGCAUAAAAUGGUACUCACUACGCAAAGACAGUACAUAAUAAUCAUUUUUUUAAGUACUGGCGCGUAUAGUUAACUGCAGUAUAGCGUCCCGAAUGACUUCUCUAGAAAACAUCGGCGUAUAUGGCGUGUGACUACAUUUUGUUCGAGCCAUUGACGUUAAUAAGGCGAAAAACCGCAUGCAUAAAUAUAUUAUAUACGUAUAUACCUAUACAGUGCGACAAUCGUCAUUUAAAUAAAAUAAUAUAUAGGUCGGCCAACCGAUAAAUAUAAAAUUUUCGCCCUUCCCCUCCCCUCGGUAAAUUUGUAUCAUAAUAAUAAAUUGUAAUCGUGAGACGAUCGUCGUCAUAUUUUUCGUUUCGCUCUAAAAUUGCCAUUUAUAGCGUACGUACAAAUACGUGUGAUAGCUAUAAUACCUAAUUCGAAUAUCAACAACGGAACAGGGGAUUUUUCGCUUUUCGUUUAUCGGUUUUGUGCAGUGUGCCAGUGUAUACCUGUUUGCGUUACGCGUGUAUAGUUAUAUACCAAUAUUGAAAUAAAUUAUAUUGAUAAUUGAUAAGCUUAAGCUAUUGGAGAGACUUACAUUUUUAUCAAUAUGUAUUUUUGAAAAUUUUCAUAAGGUUUCAGAAAAUAACGAGUUUUUCAAAAUCAACCUUUUGGCACUUAGUCCGUUUUUGAUUUCAAGUCUCCGUUUAUCUUGUGUAUUAUCGGAUCAAUUUCACGAGGAGAGGGGCAAAGCAAGCAAAAUAUUCAAAAAUUCAAUGAGAUGAUGGUUUAAAAACAAUUAUUUUUUUUUUUUUGAAAUUAUCACCGCGUAGGUUUUUCAAGCCACGCACAUUGCAAAACUUGGAAAAACUCGAAACUCUAUAGUAAAACAAUAUAUAAUCAGACAGCGACGUUACAAUAAUCGAGUUUGACGAGGGCACGUUAUACAAUAAUAUACUAAUAUUUUAACGCACAUAAUUAUUUUUACAAACCGUACAAUAAUAAUAUAAAUCAUAAAAUAAAAAAUACGGACACACUUCGCACGUAGAUGAGCCACUGUUGUGGUAGAGAGGAAAUUUAAUGCAAUGAUUCUGAGCGAAGUUCGGUUAAUAAUGUGGCUUUGUCAAUAAUACAUAUUAUAUAUGUCGUAUUAUGGUAAAAUAAUUCCAACGUGUUAUGCAUUUUCUUUAAUGAAAUUUUAUCUAUUUUCACGUUUUUCAAACGGGUUUUCCCAAUUAUUAUGUAAACAGCUGGAAAAAUCAAAAAAUGACCCGCUUAAAAUAUCAUGCCACUCAGAUUUCCCUUCAGAAAAAGUGCUAUCGUUGUAAAUCGGAGCGAAAUUUCGUAGACAAAUUUUUCACAGACGAACAAAAAAAAAAACAUCAUUGUAAAACCAAUACAUCAAUUCUCGUUCUGCUCAGAAUCUAAAAUCAAUUCAAAGCGCACGAAAAAAAUAUCAACUAAAUAAUUUUAGUUGAAAUGUAUUUAUUUAAAUUAACUAAAUUUUAAUAAGAUACACUUAAAACGUUCCUCACAUUAUACAUUAUUAUAGACUACAGAAUUAUUAUUAGUAUUUUAGUUAUAUCUACGGUAAUAAUACAGAUACAUUAACCAUAAUUGUUUUAGUUUCAUAUUUCUAUAAAAUUUGAUUAUACUAUCACACACGUACGUAAAUUCGAUUUAAAACUUUUUUAUUUGUUUUUAAUUUAAAUUUAUAUGUAAUUAAACGAUAAACAUUGUUAUCAGUAACCUGAAGAUGGUAAACAUACCGAAACUGAGUAGUUACGAAAAUAUUAACUUGAAAUACACUCUAAGUAUAGUUUUUUCAAACAAUUUUUGUAUACAUAAUUUUCAUACAAUUUUUAUAUAUAAUUGAAUAGUCGGUACUGAUAAAAUCGUAGUUAUUUUCGGUGUGUACCCUGAUUUUCCCGUUUUUCUUUUUGUAGUUACACACAUUUCUUUUCCAGAUGGAGAAUUCCCUCUCGUCCUCUAUAUUCGUCGCAAGAAUACCUAAUAUAAUAUAUUAUACCUUUUUUUUUCGUCCCAUUUCGAAGCACCUCCGUACCUAUAUAUGCAUAGUAAACGCACAAAAAACGUAAUAACGUUUCGCCGGGGAAUCGCGAUCCAUAUAAACGACUUUCGACGUUCGCUCUUAAACGUUUUUACCAUUCGAUUUUCGAGUUCAAAUCGGUACAGUAUGGCGACGACGACGACGACGGUAUAGUAAUAAUGACGAUGCGCUGCAGCAGCUGCAGUUGUUGUCGUGUAUUUUUUUUUUCCUCGUGAAACAUCGACUCAAUAUUGUUACAUCGGAAGAGACAGAGACUGAUGCGAAUGCGAACCACUCUUACUGUAAAACGGUUUAUUAACUCCGUAAGAAGGUACGUUACGUUUUUCCGGGAGAGGUUAUUUGUUUCGCCUUCGCGGCACAUCAUAUAUAUUUACAUUUUUACACCCGACUGACAAACGAUUCGUAAAAUUAACCAUAUUAUACUUUACAACAAGUUACUGCACUUCAUUUAUACAUUACGUGUCCAUACCUACGAUACUGCAAUCGAUAUUAUUUACGCGUAUAUAAAUAUUAUACGCAUUUCACGGUGCGUAACACUUUAUCAAUAUAGUUAUACAUUAUUUUUCUUGGAGUUAUCGGCCACUGGGACCAUCCCGUCGCCUACCCUAUCCUCCAAUCAUCCCUGUCAGCUGCUCUUAAUUUUCAGUCCAGUACUCUAUUUAGAAAUUCUUUGUUUCUCCUUACCGCAUCUUUAUUUCUUAAACGAAAACGUCCAAGACGUUUCUUUCCUUCCGGGUUCUUAUUACCAUGCAUACAAGUGAAUUCUGGCUUCGUUAAGCGUGAUCUGCCCACUGCAAUUGACUACUCUGAAUUGUAUCAGAUAUAAUAUGUUUUGUUUUUGAAGGAAUCUCUCAAUCUUGUUAUCCUAUAUAGUAAAUCUAUAUUAAAUAAUCGGUAAAAAAAAAAAAAAACUCGAUUUAUAUAUUACAAAAAGUUCUCAUGUAGAAAUGGUCUCGGGAGCCAUGGGAUUUUAUUCCAAUCUAAAAUCAACACGCUCGUGUAUACACGUAUUUUCUGUACGAGAAACAUAGUUUGCUAAACAGUGCGUGUACCUGCUGCAAUAUUUAGUGUGAAAACUAGAACAAGUAAAGCGCCGAACGGUAAUAACUAGUAAGUAAGUAAAGGCGUGUUCCUGAGUCUCUUGUAGUUAGUAUUUGUGGCCACUGGUCAAAAGUAUUUGAAAAAAAAAAUUGUUUUAUCAUUAUUGUACUACUGCAGUUACGUACACAAGCCAUGCCAUAUAAAACAAUACAAAACUACACAAAUAGAAAUCGUCAUCAUUUAAAAGUUAACAUAAUAUAAAACGAUUGAAGUUUUACUUAUGGAAAUUAUAAAUGUACUUACCGACUCCAUCAGGGUUCUCCGAAUUCAUAACGCUUUUGUACGAUAACUACUACAAGGUAUAUAAAUUAUAAAAUUAAAAUGUUUAAAUUUGUAUCAGAAAAAGUAUAAAACUGUAUUCUUUUUCAAAAAAUUCAAACCAAGUAUUAUAAGCUCAAUUCAAAUUUAUUUCACAUUUAACUAUUUUCUCUUGGUAAUACUGUAAUAGCGUAUGUAUACCUAAUAAUAAAUAUUUUUUUUAUCUUUUUAUGUGCACGUAGUAAGUAUACAUUUACUAAUGAAAACCCAGUAAACAUUGCGAGAUAUUCUUGAAAAAUAGAAGAAAAUACACUGUGAAUAUAUUAAAUUACACCUCGAGUCUCGAAGAAUGUUCGUAAUAAAAUUCUAUAUAGUUGGAAACCAAUAAAAAUAAAACAGAUUUUAAACAAACGAGACAUUUAAUAGGAUUAUAUACUUAUACAUUUUAUCGAAUCGAGUUCUAAUAUAACGUUUUUUGAAACUCGAUUUUUAUUUUAUAAAUUGUAUAGAUCGUUUUACUCAAUGUAAAUCCCUGCAUUAUGUUUAAAAUAAAGAGGAAGUUUGAAAUAGGAACACAUGGUGAAGUGAAUUUAUGGUAGAAAAAACUCUUUAAAAACGUAUUAGACGUGCCAAAUAAAAGACGAUAAAUGUUUAAAAUUUUAAAAUAACAAUAAACGAGAAGUUUUUAAUACGUAAAAUCAUAAUGCGUUGGUAUACAUAUAAAUACUAAAUAAAGAAUUCAGCUACAAUAUUACUAUAAAAAAUAUGUUAUCGAUAUAUAUGGCUUCAUUUUUUUUUUCUUUGUUUUAAUUAUAACACUUGGGAAAUUUUCAUAGCAAUAGAUAAAUCACAUCUGACCAACGAAUCUCGUAUGCAUUAGACUCAAUCUUAGAGUUUCUUCCUUUCAAGUUCACACAAUUUCCUCAUAAAUGUAUUUUUUCUCUCGCUUUCUCUCUCGCUCUCUCUCAUAAUAUGUACCUACUUAUGAGAUCUGUAGCACUUAUAUCAAGAGAAUCUCAGCUAGGAUACCGACCUGUUGAAAGGAAUUGAGCUUUUGGCGAUUUUAUAUGCGACUUGUAUAUACCGGACAAACCGGCCAACUUAAAGCGUGUGUUAAACUUGAGGAAAAAAUUAACCUGUCAUUACACAACUGAAUCAGUACAUUAUCAAAAAGUAAUUUUAAAAAGUGAGACAGUUGAUACAUGAUAUAUUUUAUUCAUUAUCAAAAAUAUUAUUUUUUUGAUGCCCAUAUUAAUUUUGAAAUAAAAAAUAAUAUUCAGAACGUUAUCUAUUUUUUUUUUUUUAUGCAGUAAAAAUUACCCCGAAUUGAUUUAAGUAGAUACUAGAUUAAUUAAGCUUUUAAUAAAAAAAAAAAAAACGUUAAUACCCACGUUGUCGAAAUUCGGUAUAACUCGAGUAAAGCAGAAAAAUAUAAAGAAAAAACCUUAUAAGAAAUAAUUUGUACGAUUCCAUUAAAAAACUAACCAAUGAAAUAUACUUUAACUAAAAAUAAUGGUUCUGUGGAAAAAAGCUGUACUUCACCUUAUUUUAAACUUUAAAGUACAUAAUUCAAAAUAUAAUUUUUAAAAUUGUUCCGAGUUAGUCUGUUCAACUUUAGUAAUUUUACAUUAUAUUUCGAUAAGAGUGUAUAUAUUUUUCCCGUGAUUACCGAGAUCAACUUAUUUUAGAUUUAAAAAAUAAAUACAAAAUAAUUUGAAAACAGGUUUUCAAUAUGAAUUCGAAUUCAUCAAUACUUCAUUAGUAUAUGUUUACUUUUUAGAUUGUCUCUCUCACUUUCUUUAAUUCAAUUUCGCGUAAUCUUCGGUGAAAGUUUUUAAACAUUUUCGAUGUUAGAAUCGAAUGUUAAGAGUUUUAAUUAUAUUUAAAAUAUUUAAAAAAAAAUCAAAAAGUCGAUCGAAAAAGAAAUUUUCACACAAAACGCAAGUUUCAAAAAUGAUUUUAUUACCAUAAUACUAGAAAGCGAUCCGGUACAACGGACAAUAAAUAUGUACGGUUUAGUAAAAAAAAAAACCGGUCGGCAUCCAAUCCUCUUGAGAACUGUGAUUAUAAAACUUAAAAUAAUUUAAUCGUAAACUGCCGACAAAUUACCUAUUAUAAAAUGUCAUGGGAAAAAACAACUCGAUUGUUAUUUUAUGAAAUCGUCUUGAGAUUGUUUUUUUUUUUUUUUUCCAUUCGUCCGACGGUCGCGCAUUUAACGUGCGAUGUGAGUUUAUCCCCGUGACCCGACGGUUUGUUUCAGUGACAAUAACUAGGUACGUUACUUUCAGUACCUAUAUAAUAAUAAUAAUAAUAAUAGUAAUAUGUAUUAUUAUGUGUUAUGUAUACUUCUCUCGUAGUCCGUCGCUAAAGGUCAAAUAAUACAAAUACCAUCAAAAGCCCGUGGUAAAUUCUUUCGUCGCGUCAUAUCCCACGCCGCGACAUUGCAUUGCUCGCGACACUUGCGCAGAUUAAUACGUUAUUUUAUUCAAUUCCGCUAGCGUAUUUUACGCGCGUGUAGCACAUAAACAUGGAGAAAUACACAUGGGCAAAUGUCAAAUCGCUACAGGUAUUUUCGAAACUGCGCCGCGGCAUUCAGUCUAAAGUAAAUAAUUGUAUGAAUCGAGUUACACGUUUAUAUUAUGGGUUUCGAUUAACAGAAAGGUCCUCGCCAUUGAAAACGUUACAGUCGUCAAAUCCGAAAAUUUGACAUGAAGCCGUCACGAGGCGGCCGUUUUGGAAAUUGCCAAAUGUCAUUGGUGAUAAUAACAUAAUAAUAUUUAUCAAGUUUCAAUUAAAAACCAUCGUCAACACGUUGCGAUUUCAUAAAACAAUUUAUUGUACGUUGAUAAAAACGACAAACCAAAUAAAUUUUAAUUCGUAAUAAAAUCGAGACUGUACGCGUUUCGCGCACGAAAUAAAACAAAUGCACGUUUUUUGAGGUACGACAUGAGCGAUUCUAAGCAUUUUUACUGUAAAUGAAAAACUAUUUUCCGAGAAACAAUGUCACUACUAAUAUUGAAAAUUGGAUAAUGUCAAAUCGUGUUGGGUUUUUUCUCGGUGUUUUGAUUUUCAAGCGAACACGAGCAUGUGAAAUAUUACAAAUUAAAAAUCUUUGUAGCUCGUCUUUAAGUUUGAUAGUAGACAAAUUCGCUCUAACAGUAUAAAAUUAGUUUUACUCGACGAAAAUUUGACAUAAUUCAAUUUUCAACAUUAGCCAUACGUAUACGUACUAUAAAUCGGUUUUAGAUUAAUUUUUUUUCCGGAUUUCAUACGAUUUUAGCGUAAUAUUCUAACACUCGUGUAUUGUUUUCGCUUAAAGACGAUACGAUUGAUGUACAGUAGUGCGUAGGUUUUUGUUUGAGACGAUGUGACCACUGCUGUACACAAAUAAUACGCUCGCAUAGAACGCGUAUUCAAGAACGAUAUUGAUGAUAUUGUGCAAAAUGAUGACUAUAAUACGCUAUUUAAAUUUAAACUAUACACGACUUUCAGCUAGAUGUUGUAUGUGUACGUGUAUAAUACAAACGCGAAAUCGUGUGGCAAAAUGCCGGAGUCCCACGGUGUAGAAUUAUAAUAAUAUUCAUCGUGCUGCUCUUCCUCGUCUCCCGUUUCGAUCGGCUCUGCGUUCACGUCCUACCUACACAGAUAUCUGCGUAGUAUUAUUACGAUAUCGUUGCCGUCGCACUCGAAAUCUCUGUAGCUUUCCGAUAAAUUUAAUAGAAACCGUUUGCGGUACGCGGCUUCUCGUCUGCGGUGACCUGGUAACGUUAUUAAUAAUAACAAUUUUUCACCGUAGUUGAGUUUUAAGUCAAAAUUUAUCACACGUGCACUCGACUACGGCUUGCAGCAGCGAUUAAUUAUUUUAGAUUGAAGAUUGUAUUUUAGAUGUAGAAUUUCGGUUCGGUGGUGUAUUCUGUUUAAAACAUUUACCGACAUUUUUGUCAGUUCGCUGUCUAAUGUUUUUUUUUUUGUUGAUGUCUGGUUUAAAUUUGUUUGGGCAACAAGGAUAAAAAUGAAUGCUCCGCUCACAAUCGUUUUUCGUUCCAUGAUUUAUCAUUGCGUACAAUUCCAACUAAAUUAUCAAAGUGGCAGAUUUACGGGGGGGGGGCGGUCCUGAGGGUGUGCUCUCCUAAACACCGAUAUAAUCUCAAUAAAACGUCGUCCAAAAAAUAGGCAUUUAUCAAUAAAUAUCUUUUAAAUACAUAUGAUUUUUCAGGACCCCUCCCAGAAAAAUGUUGAAAAUCCGCUACUGAAUUACCCUAUAUAUUUUACCUUCCAAACUGCCCAGUACUCACUCAUAACAGUGCGCUACCUACGAGCAUUAUCAACUUUUAUUAAAAUAUUUUAUAUACCUUAUCGUUUAUCCUUCUCUUAACAUGCCGUGUUCUACGGGCUGUAGCACUAUCAAUGUUUAUUUAUUAUUAUUUUUUUUUUAAUCUAAUUUUGACAUUGACAUAUAGGUAUCAUAGAUAAAAUUAGAUUUGUAUUUUCAUCCUCUAAUCACUCAAAAAAAUAUCGACUACGAUUUCCUAUCACGUAACUAUUAUUGAACAUAAUAUUUUCACAUCACUUUUCUAGAAAUUAAAAUGAAACGAUUCGUGUACACAGGUAUGUGUGUAUAUUACAAUUUUUACAAUAAUAUUUGUUACAAAUCGGUUGUUUUAAAAUUUCGAAAAGUCAACGACUAAAAAGUUAUUUUUUCGAUAUUGAUAAAUAAGUGAAAAUAUGUCUCUCUAAAAGAAAAUCCUAUUUGAAAAAAAAUUAAUAUAGAAUAUUAACAAGGAUAAUAAAAAAUCUGCUCCUAUUAUAUAUUUUAAGUGUACACAUUUUUCGAAGUUUUCACCCACUGACUAAUUAACUCCCUCACUAGUCAUUCAAAUUAUAAGACACUUUCUGUGUAGGUAGCAACGAGAAAUUGAGCACAAAGGUAGGUGGUAAUGGUGUAAGUAAAAUGGAAAAUUGAAAAUUUCGGUUUUCUGAAAAUUAGUGCAACUUUAUGAAGUGACGCACGUGAAUAUUCUUCUAUCGAUUUAAAACAAAACUAAUUCAACUUCAUUUAAACUUUUCACAUUAAGAUUAAAAUUUAUUUAGGUACUAGAGUUACGUUUAAAUUUUGUCCGUGAUCAAUUUUAGUGAGCUUAGCACGUUUCUGAAUGAGGCAUAAAACAUCAUAACGAUGUAUACUCAACAUGAGUUACGUAAGCGAUGGGAAGGAGUGAACACAGACAAAAAUACAAAUAUUCCAGACACUCUCCUUAAAAAUUCAGUUUAUGAAAAAAAGUAAUAUCUACAUUGUAGCCAAAUAUGUUUUAUACCUCAUUCAGAAACUGGCCAAGCGUUAAGCAUCACAAAUAAAAGGGCAGUGUUGCUCAUAAAAGUAUGUAUGAAGUUGGGUUAUGGGCUACAGAAAGAGCAGACAUUAUGUAGAUAUCGCUACUUUGAUAAGCUGACUUUUUUUAGGAGAGAGUGCGGGACACGACCCAUUUUUCACAUUUAGGUUUUUGCCGAGGAUUCUAUUAUAUUCAAACAAUAUUUCACGUACCAGAGUAGCGAAAAUAAAAACCUUUAUAAACCCCUCGUCUUCGGCGUACGUCGAUCAGAGUAAUAUUGUUAUGACUGCAGUAGCAGCAGAUAAUAUAUAAUAUAGACAUAGUCGUAUAAUAUUUCGUUUAUUGAAGAGCUACGUAUAUUUAAACUCGUUUAGGUUUUGUCGACUCCGGAGCCAUCGAAAAUCAUAAAUAAAGGUAUACAUACGCGCGCACGCAUUACAAAUAUAAUAAACCGUCAAACAUAAAUAUUAAACUUUAGUCGACAAUCGAUUCCCCAAAGGGAACUAUAUUCUGCACACUUACACACACUUGUAUACGACAUAUACACAUAAACACACACACACACACAUUAUAAAAUACUGACGUGUACUGUGGACCAUUUAUAAAUAUAUAUAUAUACACGCGAACAGUGCAGUAAUCGGGAUAAACACAACACCACUCGUGAUAUCACGAGCCAAUCGCGCACGAGUAUCGGUAAAAACGACGACCAAAAACGGUCCCUGAAAUAAUACACUGCAGUACACCUGUAGGCUAUAUUAGAAUAAUACGAACAGCGGAAAAUAACGUUAAAAUAUGACGAUAAUAUUACUAUUAUUAUAAUAUUUAUAACUGUCGAUUUCUUUGUUCUUAUAUUAGUAUAUUUUACGUCACAUCAAAAUGUAUCGGUUUUUUUUUUUCCGUUCUUAAACUUUUACGAUUUAUUCGGUAAUUUUUUUUUCUGUCGACAAAUAGAAACUGUACUCCGUCUAACCCCCCGUAAACGUUUUCUGCACAUAGUACAAGUAUGUGGCAAUAUAUGCGACAGUUCCCGUGAGACAAUUUAGCCACGCCUCCCCUCCCACUCUUAGGUCUGUUACAUUGCUGUACACAUCAUGUGUGCAACAAUGUGAAAAAUCGUUUGAAAAAUAAAUUUCAAUGAUGCUUGCAUCCAACCAAGAAAGUAAAAGAUGUGUAUUUAUGUGUGUGUGUGUGUGUGUAUGUGUGUGUACAAUGUACAUACUCGAGCGAUAUUAACUGAAUAUUUUUUUUUCUUUAAGGAGAAUAUUAUACAACUGAAAUGGGUAUAAAGAUAUAAAAAAAAAAAAAAAAAAACGAAACGAAUUUAUUCGAUGUAGGUACUUGAUUUAUAUAAUAUAUGGCUCAAAUAAGGGAGCAUUUAUUAUGCCCUCUAUGGGUGCAUUUAUUUUAGGGUGAAAUUUUUUUUAAACAUAUUUGUAUUCCUUACGCUGCCAUCGUUAAAACGUAUACUCUUAUCGUUUCUUUUCAGAAUAGCGGAUCGCAAUUCUGGUUUAUAGUAUCAUUAUUAUUGCUUUUGAUUUGUAUUAUUUCACUAUCGUACUCCAACUGAAGUGUAGCCAUAAAAUCACGGCCUUACAUACGAGGUAUAGGUGUAUAUGUACAUAAAAUGAAUGUUCAAUGUAAUAAUUAAUGUAUGAUCGAGUACUGAGCAGUUACAUAAUUGUUAUACACAGACAACACUGUUUUGACAUGAUACAGUUGAGUAAAAAAACUUUAAAUAACUAAAAAGUCGUUGUUACUCUACUGCCGUGAAUCCGUGUAACACGUAUAACACAAAAAUUCGUUUUUUUAUUUUAAAAAUCGAUAUUUCUUGUGAGGGCGCCAAAAAUUACCGCCGGGGUUUUUUUUUUUUUUUUAUAAAAACCCGAAUUCGUCUGAAUUUCGUGUCUGCGAACAUAGCAUAUUCGGUGGGAAAACUGCGCAAGGAGUGAUAUGGCAGAGAUAGAGCCGGAUUACUCGUAGGUCCGUAGUGUUAGGUAUUAGAAGCGGGUAGACACGUUUAGACGGUUGAUGUAAAAAACCGGAGCAACAAAUAAAACACGAAUUAGAAAUAGAUAUUUGAAACGAAAAUAUGGAAACAACGUUUUUUUUUUUUUUUUCGUUUUUAUAAUAAUAUAUGUGUUAUAGUGGUUUUUCUCCGACCGCGGUGGUCGCGCGGCAUAAUGUAAUUUAAAAAAAAAAAAAAAAAAAACCUAUGUAAUUCUACAGCGCGUUAUACCUAUAGACAGGUGAUACCUAUACUCGUCACUCGCCGGUUCGAUUACAGAAAAAGACAACCGAACACAGGGGCCGGGCACCGCGAUCGGGACAGGAAUAGAAUAUUUUAAUGUAUUUUUAACGAGAAAAUGAUGAAACGCGCCACGACACGGGGGGAGGGGGGAGGGGGGGGGGUGAAAUCUGUAACGUUCUACCUAGCUGCUGUAUACGCGUACGCGUACUUUAAUAUUGUAUAACGCGCGAUGAAAGCGUAUAUUUGUCAAACGGCAAGAGUUGUCGGUGUACAGAAAGAGAGUGCGCGUAUAAUAAAAAAACGCGGUCGGCGGCCGUACUGCAUUCCGUGUACAAUGUAGAAACGAUAGCUACGCGAGCGUUGUUCAGCAGUGUGUUCGGACAGAACCUUUAUACGAAAACAAUGUUAUUAUCGUGUUGUGUGCGCGGCGGUGACAAUUCGAUUUUAAUCGUUUACACGCGUUACGCGGUUAUUGUACAACCGACGUGGAACAAUGUAUCCCCCACCCCCAUCCCCCCCCCGGCAGUUUGAUGCAAUCAAAAUUCAACGAUAACUGUAAUAACUCGCGUUAACGACGGCGUUCCGAAACGUAUAAAAAAAAAAAAAAGAGCCGAUAUUAUCGCUUAUGGGUGUGCCACUGCCGUAAGCGGAAAGUCGGGAAAAUAGACCUUACGCAAAGUUGUUUGAUUCGUAUAUCCGCGCCGCGGCGACGUGAUGCGGUUCUGCGCGAACUUAUACGUUUUACGUGUUUUGAAAUGACGACGGUUUUUAUAAUUUUCCGCAAAAUUUCAACUUUUAACGCUUAUACAAAUAAUUACUACGCGACUAAAUAACUAUUAAUCAUCGACGCCGCUUGUAAUAAAUCUCGUGUUAAAUUUUCAAACAUUCCUGUCCGACCAAAACAUUAUUAUUCACGUGAAUCUAAAACUAAAACACUCGAAAACAUCAAAUAUGGUUAUAAGUAGAUCAAAAAUCACCAAAAUGUUUUGAGAAUUUGUGCACGUCUGAAUUAAGUAUUCUGUGAAAAUUUCAAGUCAACGGAAUUUCAAAAGGAUUCCCGGAAAAAACUUUCAUCAAAAUGAAAAUAGUUCCGUCAUCUUUUUGGUUCGUACCUGAACGAAUUGAUGCGUAAAUCGAGUUAGGGGAAAAAAGGUCUUGAUAAUCCGCGCAACAGUAAAGUUUUAAAAAUACCUAUGUCUGCAAUGAAAGAUAGUAAUUCGAACAGAAAUGGCAAAAAUCUGUACACCAAAAUUCCCUUCAAAUGUGAAAGUUAAAUAAUAAAAUUUACAAUUUCGCUUUGAUGUGACAUAUGAUUGCUAAAAUUGAUAUGACGUGCAUUUUACAAAAUAUACCCCACUAUAUACCUUAAAAAUAAACCGAAAUAAAUUCCAAUGGCGUGGCCAAAGGCUGGAGGAUCUAAGGGGACUAUAGCUCCGUCUCAUAAGUCAUGUUUAUGUGUACAUACUGUUUUACGAUUUGAGUGGUAAAUAGCUAAGUUUCAAGUUGUUUCUUCUAUUUCUGAAAAACAUUUUCUCCACUGACUAUAUGGAAACGUAUUUAAAAUGAAGCACUAUACUAUAAAAUAGAAUCAAUGGACACAUUUCAUUAAUAAGUUUUGAUUAAUACUUGUUUAAAGUAUUACACAUUUAUACUGAAAUGCAUAUUGAUGAAAACACUUUUUUAAACUGGUUUCGAGAGUGGUCGAAUUUCCCGAACCCACCUUACCUUUGUCAUAUGUCCAUGAUUCGAGUAAAAAUGUCUUUAGUUUGACCCUCUCUCAAAUUAAAAUUUUGACUUCACCAUUAAUAAAUUCCAACUGAAUAUUAUAAUAUUUUUCAGUGCUCUUCUACAAAAAAAUUAGUUCGAUUUUUAUUUCUUAGGUUAGCUAUAAUGAAUAUAUGUAUAUAUUCUUCUCCUUUUCCUUCAUCCCAACUAUUUGGAGUUGACCAACCUUGUCCUAAACUUUCACUUAACCCGAUCCCCCACAUCGUUCUCGCAUACACCCGCUAUUCGCGUAUCAUUCACAAUAGCAUCCAACCACCUCUUUUAUGGUCUUCCUCUCCCCUUCUUCCUACCUUAUUUUCAUUGAAAUUCUUACUACUUCUGAUACAUUUCUCCUCAUAACAUGUCCAAACCAGUCAAAAUCCCAGUCUCAUUUUGUCCAUUAUCAAAGCCAUUCACAACAUUAAACUGUAAUUUGUAUUUUUACCCGGAUCUAAGCUAAUUCUUAUGUACUCAUUCCAUAUCCUAUCUAUUCUCUCGUCACUCCAAUCAUCCAUCUAAGCAUUCUCUCUCUGUUAAACUCAUACUAUGUUUUAUUUUAAAUUCUCAGUGGAGCGAAGAAGCUUAUAGUUUUAAAAAAUGUCUUUUUUUUUUUUUUUUAUCUGUUAACAACUUUCUAACAGAAGACUUGCUCGGAUUUUUAAGUGUAGCACGUUUUCUGAAAGGAAAUCGGUGAGGAGACAUACUUUAAGGAGGUAAUUUUUCAAUUUUCUCAGGAGUUAUCCCAGCAAAUGUGAAAAGCCGGGAUAAAACAUGGGAAAACCGAGAAAAACGUAGGAAAAUUAGGAAAAUCGAUAUAGCAUUAAAUUAAUUUUAUUAAAGAAAAUAUAUAAAGCCUAUUAAAUUAUUUUACUUUAAAAUGACAUAUAUAUAUUGUUGAUAAAGUAUCUAUCACUAUCAACUGAACUCCACUCAGAAUCGUUUUUUCAUAAGCAAUGGUUUAUCGUUGCUUACAGGUUUAUAUGAAAUUAUCUAUAACAGUGGCUUCACUCGUCCCCAUUAUCCUAGGACGUCUUUUUUCUGUAUAUCGCUCAACACUUGAACCCAUACAACAUAGCUGAUCCCAUCACACUCUUGUAGAACUUUUAGAACAAAAUUUCGUCACUACAAUUCUUACUGCUUCCGAUUCGUCUCUCUUAUGUAUGUAUAUACGUAUAUAUACACGCACACAUAUAUAAAUAUAUAUAUAUACAUACAUAUAUACACAUCAUUUUAAAGUUUGAAGUUAACAAAACAACCGGUUCGUUUCCAUACGAAUACUGUGCUGCUAUCUAGUUGUGACGAUUGUAAGUAAUAACUUAAUUCACUUUGCCUAUCGAACAAUUGGACAUUUCAGAAAUGCUUAAAGUACUUAAGUCAAUUUUAACGAAAACUUGACUUACACCAGUAUGGCUUCAACCCCCUCAUAUAUAUGUUAGAAAAAUCGCUAUAAUAUACGGAUCAAUCUGUACGGAAAAUAAUCAAACCGUAUCAUGUAUUGAUGGCACGAAAUAGCCGUAGCAGUGCUUUUCACGGAUGAUUUCAAAGUAGCAAACACAAACUGCUACUCCUGUAUGAAAAUAGCAGUGACUGCUGGUCGCUCAUUCACUGCUACUAGUAGUCAUAACAUCAAAUGGACAAAAAGUCGUGAUUUUAUCAUGGUACCCGUCGUGUUAUUUACACCGCUACUUUUUUAGUAGCAAUAGUAGCAAUAAAAAACUAUUACUGCUAGGUACUGAAAAAAAAAAACAAAGUCAGCCGUUUAGUAUUAUUACAUAUUUUUCGGUUAUAAUAAUAGUGUAUUUUUUUAUUUUUUUUUUUUUUUCUAACGGAAGCCAUUGAAUACGUUCUAGUUUUCACGAGUUGUUAAAUUGCGCUGGCAAAACACGAACCGUUACAUACAUUAUAUUAUUUAAUUAUGAAACGCCAUUUAUAACGUUUAAAUAUUAAUUAUACGUAAAAAGUUAACAAAAAUUUAUAUUAUACAUCAUUAUUAUCAGCUAGCUCGUACACAGUACGAAUGUUCCGAACGGACGCCGACAAUAUCACUGUUCGCGUUAUUGCUCUUUUUAUUUCUCUGUUGUUUUUUUUUUUACCAUAAUAACGUAGCAUGGAACUCGAUACACGUAAUAUUACCAUCCGACGCGAAUAUUUAUGUUUUACCCGCUACGAUAUCUGUAUAAUAAGAAAUAUGAAUUAAUAAUUUAUAGCGUCCGAUAUUUUAUUACGAAUGAUAGCCAAUAGCCAAUGGUCUCGAAUCGAUACCGGCGUAAAAGUCGAACUCGGAAAUAUUGGAUUUCCGACGGGUACCGAUAUCUACGUACAUUAUAUUAUUUCAGCGCUUUAUCCUUGUCCAAACUGGAUUCGAAAUUUUGCGUUGUUUGGCUCGACAAUAGUACCUAUGCUAUGUGUUUAAAAUUGUUUCGGUGUCGGGUACCGGUUAAAAUUCAGAAAGCAAUAAAUCUCGCAGAGUCCGCGCACGAACAAAAGAUUUAUUUUAGUACGAGUCCUUUAAUUUUUGUACAAAUCCGUCGUAUACCAUGUUUCCGUGGCAACAGAUUUAGAGAAAUAAGGGUAAAUCCUUCGUAUACACACGGAUUUUAAUGUAUAUGUUUGUCUUUUCGAUUUCCUCGCCUGUAAUACGAUUUUUACGUCGUGUACACGCGUGCAACACAAUAAAUCAACAGCGAAUAUCCGAUCGUUGGAUAACUCGUGUAAAAACACGAAAAAAGUAAGAUUUUUCGCGAUCGUAAUACCAUUUAAUUAUAAACCGAUAGUUUUUUCGAUCCGUUUUAAAACUAAUUCGUAACGGUUAAUAAUAAAAAAAAAAUAAUAAUAUAAAAACGCGUGUAAAUAAUUUAUACUCGAUACUAGCGCUUAAAGACCGUGUCGUCGGUACCGUUUAAAAUUUAAACAUUGACAUUUUAAAUUGUGCUUCAACUAUAUGUUAUUGUAUAAUUUAAGAUUCUAGACGCAGCGAGGAAUUUCUUUUGGUUUUACUACAUAGUGUUUUCUUUUCUGUCUGUUAACAACUUUUCUACCGCGAAAUCUUGCUCCGAUUUUCAAAUGUAUCAUCUUUUUUGAAAUUUUCUCUCGUUCGUGCAUUAAAAACGUCAGUUUUUUUUUUUAUUAUUUUCCUCGCAGUUUUCUUAACAAUUUGGAAUAGCCUGGGAAAAACAUAGAAAUAACGGGAAAGUCUACAGCCAAAAUUGUUUAUUAUUAUUAUACAAUUAAUAAUAAUUUUAGAUCAUUGAAAUUUUCACAGAAUACUUAUAAAAGCCUUUUCUAGAAGUGGUUAAAUUUUUAAAAUAUUCUGGAAAUUGUUUAGCCCCUUAUAGUCAUUUGACGGUUUUUAGUUUUUUUAAUUUUUAUUUGGUUUAAUGAUAUGGAUAAAAUUGUUUGGCUCUACAGAAACGCUUGAAAAUUUAACAUGGAUUUUAUUAUAAUUUAUAAGUUGUAUAUAUUUAUUACCAAAAAGAAGUUGAACAUUAUGUUAUGUAUUAUUGUUAUUUUUUUUUUUUUUUUUGUAUAAGCGUUUAAAUUUUAAAUUUUAAUGGCAAUCGUAAAAAUCACGGCAUUUCAAUUUUAGAUUCUGAGUGGAGUGAAGAGGCUCGUAUUGUUUUACAAAGAUUAUUUUUAAUUUUUUUAUCUGUCCGCAACUUUUCUAUCAGAAAUCUUGCUCCACUAUUUAAGUGUAGCAGCUUUUCUGAAAGAAAAUCUGACUUGGAAGAUACCGUAAGGAGGUCAUUUUUCGAUUUUUAAGAGUUUUAAAUGGGUGUUGAUUUAUUGUUUCGGAUAAAAUGUUGAUUACGUCGUCUUUUGUCUUUUUGAUAAAUCUUCUGAAACUCGAUUGAAACUCUGUUUAUAUAAUCGACACGAUUGUCAACGAACAGAAAACAAUUAUUAAGAAUUUCCGUUUAGGUUCUAAACGUCGCGGGGAAUGCAUUGGGUUGUACCACUCCAAUAUUCAAACAUGGACAGUUUGACUUGUCUUUUCUGAAAUCGAAUUGUAUCUGUAGUCGGCGUAUUAUGAUGGAGGUAAUUUGUGGUUUUCCUUAAAAUCUUCUUGACAGUUCAAAAAAACCGGGAAAGUUUACGGAAAUAACGGUUGUAGUAUUUUCAAUUUUGUUUUAUUAUUGUGAUUCGGUAAAAAAAAAAUUGUCGAAACCUAAAAGUAUUACAAAAUGUUUAACGUCUUCUCGGCGUAGUAAAAUUUUCAUUCUGACGAUUUUUAAGCUAUUUAUAAACAUUUGAUAUUUUCGAGUUUCUUUUCAGUGUUAUUUGAUUACAGGUGGAUAAAAUUGUUUGGCCAAUCAAAACUGCUUAACAAUUUUACAUGAUGUUCAUCGUAAGUUAUAAUACUUAGUGGUCGAAAAAAAAAUUGAGCAUAAUGUAGCAGUUGUUGUUUUUUUUUUUAAUUAUUAUGCGUUCAACGUUUAAAUUACAAUGGUAAUCGUAAAAAUCACGACAUUUCAAAACAUUUUUAACCGAGCUUUUUUUAAAUAUCUUUUACGGUUCUAAAAAUAAAAAAGUGUUUACAACGUUCUACCGAUCGAAUAAUAUAAGAACAGACAUACAUUCAAGUAAUUUGUUUCUAUGUUGAUUAUUAUUUUACUUCGACAUUUUUUGAAUAUAAUAUUUUCAAAAUUGUGUAUGAGUAAACUGUAAACUAUGGAUAUAGGUAAUAUAAUAAUAUUAACACUGUAUAAUACGACAAAUACGUUUAAUGUUUAUCAAUCAGGUUAUCGUUACAAUAUCGGUUACAGUAAUUCGAUAUAAAACGUUUAUGUUUCAAAUCUUAUACCUUUGACUAGAUAAGGAUAAUAGUAGAUACCUGCAGGUACCUACUCGGAAAUAUCAGAGACAAAUUUAUAGCAUGGAUUUUAUAAUUUUAUAUAGUGUUCGCCGUUAGUUUACAACGAAUACAUAAAUUACUUGUACGAAAAACGAAAUCGUUUAUCAUUUUAUCAUAUUCGUGUUUAUAUGUUACUCCAAUGAAAAUAUUACAAAAACUUAUUAUAAAAAAAAAAAAAAACACGUGUUUUUCAAGUAAUAAUAUUGUAAAAUUAUUUUCAUACCGUUCCGCCGAUGUCUCGGUGUCUGCAAUAAACAACAAAUAACUAAUAAUUAAAGACCGGAUCUGUAUGCAUUUUAAAUUGUAAAAUAUGCAUGCAAACAUGCACUAAAAAAAGGCAAGAUAUGCAAGAAAAAAAAACAAAACAUGCAUGAUAAAAUUGAAAUUAUUUUUAAAUUUUAUAUUUUAUUUAAAUUUUGCAGUGAUAAUUAAUUAUUAAUUUUAUUAAAAUUUCCAUAAACAAAAAAAGUAAAUAAGUAAAUAGUACACAUUGAAAAAUUAAAUGUAGUAUUAUUAGUAAUAAUAUUAUCGCUGCUGGAAUCCUUAAUUCCUUCAGUCAGUAACUAUGUCAUGGUAUUAAUCAACCGCAAUCACGAAUGUACGAAAUAAAAAUAAGACCCGGUAGACAACGUUAUCUCAACAAUUUGACCUUCCGUUUUAUGCAUUGAUAUAUAUAUAUAUAUCAGCUGGAUACCUAUAUUGAACGUCAUUAAACGUCUUCUGUGCACCGAACCCCAUAUGAUAUUGAUAGCUGCAUACACUCGACUCCGGGGCACUCCGAAAACACUCGAAAACACUAAAUAUGUCCUUUGCAAUGAUCUUCAUCCGGUCGUCGUGAUGUUUGUCAACAGCCUGUGAGUGGAAAAACGAAAUCACCAAAGGGUUAAAAGCGGCCUCUCAAGUUCCACUUUUAUCGUACCACUAUAAUAGGUAUACUGCGUGAAAUGAAACCCUAUAGCCAUAUAAUAAUCAUAUGGCUCUUAGAAGAUAACGGCGCAAGUUUGCGUACAGGCAAAAAAUUUAAUUUCGUGUCAUCGUUGUGCACGCAGGUCAACGUUUUCAUAACGGUAACCUUUGGGAAAAAACAUAAAUAUUUUUCAUACUAUCGAUUUUAUAAUAUAAAAUUUAAUCAUAUAGGUAAGUCUAGAAAAUAGUCAAGUUCAAUAAAUUGUGUUGAUUCUAAGAGGUUGGACGGGUAAAAUACGAGGGCAAGUGAAGUAGACGAAGAAUAGUGAUUGACAGAGAGAUAUGAGGGAGAGACGAGAACAACUCCAGUAAAUGAUAAAUGCCAAGAGGAGAAGACAUAAUAUAAAUAAUCACGUCUUAAAAAUUGCGCUGCCUGAGAUUUUUGAGAAACCGACAUUCGACUGUGGAAGUAAAUUAUUAAAUGCUAAUUAAAAAAUGCCGAAGUCGUCUGUAAUUUGUAUUAUUUUUGUUUAUAUCCGCUGCAGAAUACUGAGAAACGCAUUGAAAACAAAAGAAAUCACUUCAAUAAUAAAGAUUUGCAUGCAAUAAUAAUAAUAAUACACUAUUUUACAAUAAAUAUACCGUUUUGGUCUGAUUAUUCCAGUCCGUAAAUUACAAUCGAUAAUCGAUAAUAAUGACCAAAUCAAACAUGACAAAAAACGAAAAGAGCUGAUGCCGGGGAUGGGAGCGACCACUGUUGUAGGUGAGAAGUUGGGAAAGUAGGAUAGAUAAAGUUAUUUCAUUUAUAUCUGUAAGCAACGAUAAACCAUUGCUUGACGUUAGAGGAUUCCGAACGCAGUUCGGUAACAGAUAAUUUUUGCGAUUUUCGUUUAAUUUUGAUUUUAAAACACUUAUUAACAAAAAAAAGUCGUCCGAUGAUUUUGAAAAUUUUAACACGUCUAGGUAAGUCCAAUAUAAGUAUUAUUACCAAGUUUCAAGUCUCCAACUUUAUAACCGAAUUUUGCAAAAAAAACUCCCAAAAAUUAAGAUUCCUUAGCUAAGCUAAAAAGUGGCUCAAAAGUUUUGGCAGUAAUACCAUUAGAAAUUAAAUUAAAAAGGCAAUAAAAAAGGUGUCUUGUGAUUUUUCGAUUAAAUUACUUUUUUUCUGGUAGAAAACGUCGUCCGUGUUUUUAUUAAAUAAUAAAAUCAUGAAAUCUACGUUUUCCAACGUACUUGGUACGUAGUGGGGAAAAACAUAAGUGCUUUUAUUUUAAAAAAUGGCUUCGAAAAUUAAAAAAAUGACCCGUUUAAAGUACCGCCUGGACAACUUGAGCUUUCAGAAAAGUUGCUACACGUAUAAAUCGGAGCAGGUUUACUAGGAAAAAGACGUAUCCACACACUAGAACAAAGAAAAAAUUGAAAUAAACAUCUUAGUAAAACCAACAGUUUCCUCGCUACGCUCGGAAUCUGAAAUGGCAAUCGGGAUUGAACAUCUUUACUUGGAUAUGUCGUUAUAUUCUACGAUUAUUAUCUAUAUUUACCAUUAUGACCGUAUUCAAAUCACAAUCGGCAAUAAUUAAAAGUAUAAUUUCAAAUAAUUAAAUAUACUUCUCUAAUGGACAACAAAAUUAUAGCAACGGGAAAAAUGUUCAAUUUUAAUGUCGGGCCAUGUUGAGUAAAACUCAUUUUACGCCUAAUUUAAUUCGUAAUACGUGUUGAAUAAUAUUAAUUUUUUUCAGGUAUAUAAUGUGUACAUAAAUACAUUAAAUAGCUACUCACUUAUUGUACACAAUCAAAAUAGUAAUUUCGUAUCGAGAUAAAGGUCAUUACCGUUCAUUGUUUUUUUUUUUUUUUCCAAUUAUCUUACACUAAACUACACAAGUUUUUGCCACCGUCGUAACUUCGCGCCAUUUUUCCAGACCUUGAUUAUUAUUAUUCUCUAAUUCCUAUUCAAUUGUGAUUCUUGUUCUUUCCAAAUCCUUCGCAAUCACAUCCGUCCACCUUUUCCUUUUCCGCGAUCUUCUUCCUGUUGGUUCCCAGGGCAUUACCGUUUGUGCUAUACUUAAAAAAUAUAUAUUAAUUUCCUUAUCAGUGUAUACAUUUACGAGAUAUUUCAAAAAAUGCCUACGAGUUAUAUGUUAUAGACACCCGACAAUACAAACAAAACAAAUAAUCGUGAAAAUGCCGAUUCGAAAUACGAGCAAUGAGCUGUCAGGGAACAUCGGGAUUUCGUUUUUACAACGCGGUUUUUUCUUCUAUAUUACAAUAUGAUAUUAAUUAUUUAUUAUUAUUAUUAUUACGUUGUAUAUGGUACUUUUUUUUUACAGAAAACUCUGUUUGAUAAAAAAAAAAAAAAAUAAAAUAACGUAAAUAAAAUUUAAACAAAAUAUACAGUGAGUGUAAUAUACAAACCUGGUAAUAAUUAUUUACCAUUUAUUCUUGAACUGUUGUGUUCGGAUGGUCCGUUCUCGGUGAUGACAAUCGCGAUAUGAGUUUUCAGUUAGUCUCCGUUUGGAAUGUGCAGUGCCCGGUUCUGGCAUGACCCGUUCCGGCCCGGUUUAAUUUGCUCCGUGUUUUCUAGAUGUAUUCCCGCGGGAGCUCCUGUUGGGUUCGGCUGAGCAGGAGCUCGAACGGUCUUGCGAUUCCCGUUCAGCUCUUUGCUAAUCGAAACGUUUCAGGUGUAUAACACCGGAAUGGUUUUCUGGGCUUGAGAUAUUAAACUGACGUGGGGAAACGUAAUGAUUCGACGGUAUUAUAAUUAUGCGUUUUCGUUUUUAAAUUAAAAGUUCUCGCUGCAGAAUAUUGUCCAAGAAGGUCAAAAUAUAUUGUUACACCGGCAUUGCCCGGCGCGGUGCGAACGUGUAAUUUAAUUUAAAAUAUUUAUUAAAUAUAUAUAAAGUUUUAAAAAAAAAAAAAAAAACAAACAAAAAACAACCGCACUCCGUAAACGUAUACGAAAUACAUAUUUACACAUGCAUGAGUGUAGAUACGUUGACGCGUGUUCUGUGCACAUAAUAUCGUAAGUAUUUCCCGAAAACCAACUACGGUACCCCCUUUGAUCCUCCGGGGAAAAACCGACCUACGGUCCGCAUUAUAUGUACGAGUGCACGCGUGACUAUAUUAUAUGUCUGUACUGUUUGGUGCGACGUAAACGCAUAUAUUAUAGCAAAACGGCCGAGGAGACACGGGCCUCGAGCCACGGAAGGGACUUGAAUUAAUAAACUAGCGGCGAAAAAACUAUAAAUUACACGACUCUCCGGCCGGUCCGUGUUUAAUUCCGAACGCCCUUUCGGGAUAAAAAUCCACCGCGGUUCACUCUAUAAUAAUUAUAAGGACCGCGUAAAUUCAAACAUUCAAAUCUACGUGCAAGCCGAAAUACGCCGCAAUCCUGAGAGGUUUUCGGGAGGUUUCACUCAGAUCCAACAUCUUUUCAAAAUACAAAUUGUAUCUAGUUGGCGCACUGAGGAGGCAAAGAUUUUGAACUUACUCGCAGUUUUAUUAAUAAUUCGGAAAAACCGAGAAAAAAAAUGUAAGAAAACCAAGCCAAUUCACGACAAUAACAGUUUCAUUAUUUUCGAUGUAUUCGAUUUUGUUUUUCCAUAUUUCCUGAAAGAAAAUUUUGUCUAAAUGGUUUGUUAGAAAGUCAGUUUUUUAAUAAUUGGAAAAUAUCUGAAAAGUUUACAGCAUUUAUAGUUUCAUUGUUUACGGUUUUUCUUUUGUCUUGCAAUUGAAUUACAAUAAAUCGUAAAGAACUUUUUAGGAACAAAAUCACUAUCCACAUUUGGUUUUUUAAAUAGCAGUUUAUAUUAAACAUUCCAUCGAUAGAUGAAGUUUUAGUUUAAAUACGUCUAAUAUUACAAUUUUUAAUUUCCGUCAACCCGUUAACGAGACAUUCCACUUUUAAGUUUGGGAAGGGGAAGAGUGAUAAUGGAACAUAAUUUGUUUGGCCGCGCAAAGCGAAACGUUUGAAUAGUGCUCCAUUACUCUUUCCUCUACUUUAUUUUUUGUUAAAAAUUGCCAAAGUGGGUAUACUUUCAAAAUAAGUGUAUGCAAUAUAUCAAUGUAUCAUGUUCAAUAUAUACGUAGAUAUAUGUAUUUUCCAAUGUGUGUAUAUUGUGUGUUUAAGCAAUGAAAAUGACAUAAAACAUCGCUUUUGAUUUUGAAAAAAAAAAUAGUUAUUGAAACAAUCUAGCGGUAAAACGGCUAAAAUUUCAAAUACACUUUUCUUAUCACAAAUUCGGAAAUAACCAGACCGAAAUUUAAGAUUAUUUUUAAUUAUAUUAAUCGGAGUAAUUAAACCGAUUCAAAAUAAUUUCAAUACGAAAAUGAAUAAGUAUGAACAAAUACACUAAAAAAUAAAGACGGACAUACUUCGCACGUGGGUGCAGCCACUGUUGGGAAGGUAGCAUCUGGAAGGGAAUUUAAUGGAUAUCUGUAAGCAAACGAUAAACAAUUGCUAACGAAAAACGAUUCUGAGCGGAGUUCAGUUCAUAUAAAAAAAAAAAAAAUAAACAACAUAUAUAAAAAAUAAUAAACAUCUUUGUAAAACCAAUACAUUCUUCGCUACACUCAGAAUCUAAAAAAUAAGUGAUAUCUUUACAAAAACACUUCACAAACACUUGUUGCGAAAAACGGUAACGCAUACAAAUUUCGCUCAAUAUUCUUGAUGUAUUUACGACUAGGUUAUUAUAUUUUGCAAUGUUGUUUUUCAAUUCGUCAAACUAAGUUCAGUUAUAAACAGAAAAUUUAAACAUCGUGUUUGUUUUCAAUCUUGCAAAAUAUAAUAACUUGGCCAUAAAUAUAACAUGGCAUUAUGAGCUGAAUCGCUCGUACUAAACGUGCGUACUCCGUGGAGUGUGUAGAGCGCUUUUAUCGGGUUAUUGUUAUUGAAUAGACGUUCUUACAUGAAAAUCAACGCGUUCAACGCACUCACGAUAUGAAAUUGUGUUUUUACAUUAUUUUUUUCAAAUUAUAAUAUACUCUAUAUAAACAUAAUAUUUUGAACUACGACACGUAAUGUAAAUACAUUUUUUUCUUCAAUUUUCUUUGUUUCGUAUCUAAUUAUAUCAGUGUUUAAAAAUCGACUAAUAAUUAAUGACAAGAAUUAUUAGUUAUGUCAUUAUCUGAUACGUAUAGGUAAAUAAUUUUUCUACGUGCGACAACUCUCGCAACUAAUCGCAACAGAUUUUCAGUAUUUUCGUAUCAAAAUGUUCGAUUAAAAGCGGUUUAAAGCACAUUGCCGUAUUUCCUACGUGUUUUUCCGGUUUUUUCGUAAUUAUUAGGAAAACCUCACGGAAAAUUAAACAACGGCUUUCUUACUCACUAACUAGAUACAAUUUGUUUCAGAAAAUAUGCUAUUCUUGAAACACGGACAAAACUUUGAGGUAGAAAAAUAUAAUAAUACAAUUUUAAAUAAUAAAAUCGUUCUACCGUAAUUUGAAAAAUCGUAUGUUUUGUCAUUUUUGGCUUUUCCCAAUUAUUAUAAAAACUACUUUAGAUAUUAAAAUAUUACUUCCUCUGUCAGUGCCUAGAUAUUAAAUGUAACAAACAAAUGUCUCUCAGCAUUUUUUUUAUCAACUCAAUAAGUUUGAUAGGAAACAUUGUUCGUGGAAAUCAAAAAAUUCGGUAUGAAUUCGGUAACGCCGCGAUGCGCUAUAAAUAUUCGCUGUUUUACCUAUACAAUUGUCUUCCCGUUUUAUCCCAAUUAUUUUUAAAACCCAUUAUAAAAUCAAAAAAUGACCUUCUUUCUAACUGGAAAAAAUUUCUUUUCAGAAAAAUGUAUAGACUCGGUACUUCUGAGCAAGAUUUCUGGUAAAAAAAUUGUCCACAGACAGACAAAACGGAUCAAAACAAGAAAAUUCUAAAAUUUCUAAAAUCAACAAAUUUAAUCGAUAAAAUAUAGCUAAAUUGUUAAAUCAUAUAACAUGAGAAAAUGUUUUUUUUUCCUUUUUUAUUUUAAUAAUUAUUAAUAGUAAUUAAUACGUUGUAACUAAUGGCCCAUGCUGCAGAGUUUUAAUAAAGAUCAACAAAAAAAAAAAAAAAAAAAAAAGUCGUUAAAUAAAAACAGCAAAUAUGAAAUAUUGAAUAAUAUACAAAACAACGUUUAUAUAUUUAUAAUUAAGAUAAGGAAACUAAUUUAUAAAAGAAAAAAUAAAUAAAGAUGGUAAUGCUGAUGGGUGCACCACUGUUGUUGGGAUCGAUCGAUGUGUCUUUUUUAGCUUUUACUGGGUAGAAACUAUAUAGUACACUCAUUUAUAAUUAUACAUGCCUAGGAUGCAUAUUGUUCAAUGGACCCUUAUUAUUAUUCACCAUUAUUAAAUUAAUGACUAAUUUUGUUUCAUUUUCUUAAUCAUUGUACAAUGUACGUAAUAAACAGCACCGCUCAAAAUUUAAAAACCGUAAAUCACUCCGGUCGAAUAUUAAUUAUGACUUAUAUUACUACUACUGACUCUGUUUCAAUCCCUCUAAGUCAUCAGUCGCUUCUUUUUUAACAUAUUCCAUUCGACUUUUUACAGCUACUUGAACUUUAAUCGCAUUUUGUUUUAGUUUCUGGCCGACAGAUUGUUUUUCAUCUAAAACAUAAUAUACAGUGCAGGUAUAAUGAACAAAUGUUACAAUUUGUCGAUACAUUAAGUCACAAAUAAUACUAUUUGCUUAGCAUAAAAUUAAAUUCGUAACACAAUAAUAAUUACGAACUAAUCGUAUAUUAUAUACAUGUUGCCUAUUGUUAUACCUAUGUCCCAUAUUGUAAUAUGAUGUAGGUAAUAUGAAUCUCGUGAACGGCGGGAAAGACCACCUGACCGAAAUAAAAAAUGGUUCUAAAAAACGGAGAAUUAAAAUAUUAUUAAACCAUAAUUACAGCUAUACCUUUCAUUUAUAUAUUAAAAUAAUUAGUCAAAUAAAUUAAAACGCUAUUUUGGAGGGAACAAUCUAUUUCAGCUGUAACUUAAUAAACAGAAAGAAUUAAUUGAUUUAUCACGUAAAUUUGGAGCUGCGUUGAAAUAUUUAAAAUAAAAAAAAUAGUAAUUAUCAUAUUUUUAUUGGAUAACCUAAUCAACUUCAUUCGUAGUAAAUGUAACUCAAUUAAUAUAAUAUAUACAAAAUGUUAUGGUUGCAGAUAGUAUACGAAAAAUGAAAAUACUUGUUAAUUUUGUGCCAUAUUGUACAAAAACAAGGAUCGAAAUCCAAAUUAUUAUUAAAUGUACUCAGGUGUUAAAAACGGGAAAAACUUGCUUGCGCACCUACAGGAAAUAUUGCCACGAUGAGUUGUAAAAUCGAGUUUAUAUCUCAGGACCUAUAAAAUAUCAAACCAAAAUGGCCGUGAUAUCCCUGUAGUAAUUUCACAUCCGCAUUACACAAAUUGGCUCUUUGCCGCUUAUGACAUGUCCGAUCAUUCUGAUCGUUAAUCUUUAUCAACCGAUUUUCAAUAAUUUACGAUGCCAUUUAAAAAUCAGUAUCACGGCCGUGGUAGUUAUCGAUUUCACCAACAAACAUAAGCACGUGAAAACCAAAAAAAAUGUGGGAAAUUUAACGUUUUAUGUAUCUAUUUUUAGUAGUAGACUAGAUUAUAAACGUCUUCGCUAGAAGACAUCACACUGUAUUGCCGGAUUUAAGGAACAUUCACAAUGCGGGUAGUGAAUCGUAUAGGUACUAAUAACUUGUGUACAAAUUCAAAUUGUAUAUUAAAAAUAGAUUGAAAUUGUUCGAAAAAAUAUAACUAUCAAAUUUAACGAUACUAAACAAAUCAGUAACCUAUACACAAUAUUAAUUGUAUGAAUGAUUUUGGAAUCGUUUAGACACUUUCUGUUAGCAAUACCGUUAACCUUAUCGUAAACUUCAAAACAAAAAUAUAUAAAUUUAUAUAUUUGAAAGCUUUAAAUGACAGGUACAAUAAUUAUGAAGUGUUUAAUCGAAAAUAAAAUGACCGUUUGUUUCGUUAGAACCAUCAGACUCCGGCAUAUUGCACCAACUAAAAACAUAUUGUACAUUUUUCGUAACUAGUAUAUAAUACUACAAUUGAUAAUUAAAUAUUUAAAUUAAUCCUACAAAUACAUACAGAAAAAAAAAAAAACAGUAGCUAUUAAAAAACAUAACUUAAAAGCCCCAGGUUAAUAGCUGGCUAUUUUGAUUCCACGAGAAAGUGGCUACGUUCUAAAAAAUAAAAGAAUAAUAAAUUUAGAUUCAUUUUUAGAUUUUAAAGAAGCAAAGAAUUUAUUAUUUUUACUAUGGUGUGUGUUUAUUUUUUUUUAGAUUCUGAAAAGGAGCGAAGAAGCUUAUGGUUUAACAAAAUUUGUUUUUAUUUUUCUUUUUCUGUGGAAAACUUUUCUACCGGCAAUUUUGCUCUGAUUUACAAUUAUAUCACUAUUUUUAAAAGAAAAUCUGGCUGGUGAGGGGAGUGGAAAUUGAGGAGGUUAUUUUCGUUUUUCUCAGGUGUUUACAAAAAAAAAAUUAAAAAACCAGGAAAAACGGAAAAAUUGUACGAAAUGUAGAUAUUAAAGUUAAAAAAUAUUACGGCCUUUUUUCUUCUGUGAAUAAUUUUUUCACCAGGAGUUUUGAUCCGAUUUAUAUUUAUAGCACUUUUUCUAAAAGAAAAUCUGACUGGAGAGAUACUUUUAACAAAUGAUUUUUCGAUUUUUCCAGGAGUUUUCCCAAAAAAUUAGAAAAAACUGAGGUAAACGGAAAAAUAUAUGAAAUAUAUUAGUAAAAUAUGGUCUUUUUUUUCGGUGGACAACUUUUUUACCAGAAAUCUUGCUCCGAAAUAUCAAGUAUAACACUUUUUUUGAAAGGCAAUUUCAUCUAUUUGGUGCACUGAAAAGUCAUUUUUUGAUUUUAUAAUCGGUUUUUAAAAAAACCCGAAAGAAAAUUAUAGGUAAAAAGGUAAAUAUAUACGACGCGCUGUGGUGUAUCGAUUUCAUUAUUUGAAAUUUGUAUACUCAAUUCCUUCUACCAGAAAUAUUGCUCCAAUCAAAAAAUGAUUAAGAAUCGAUUUUAUCGAUACCGGAACUUUGUAACAGAAUCGUAUUUCAUUAUAAAUGGUUUAUCGCAGUUGUUAACAGAUAUACAUUAAAUAAACGUAUUAGUCCUGCCUUACCGACUUCUCACUUACGACAGCUAGUGGCGCACCAUUAUCAGCAGUAUUGGCUAAUUUUAGAUUCUGAGCGGAGCGAAGAUACUUAUGGUUUUAAAGUGAUGUUUAUUAUUAUUUUUUUUUUUUUUUAUCUGUAACAACUUUUCUACCAGCAAUUUUACUCCGAUUAUCAAGUAUAGACCUUCUCUGAAAGAAAAUCUGACCUAAAUGGUACUUUUGGAAAACCAUUUAUUGAUUUUCUCAGCUGUUUUCAUGAUAAAUAGGGAAAACCGUAAGAAAACGAGAAAAUGUAUUAUUUUCAAAUCGUAAACAUCAACAGCGUUUCAAAAAAUGUACAACCGAACUCCGCUCAGAAUCGUUUUUUGUUAGCAAAGAUUAAUCAUCGCGUACAAAUAUACAUUAAAUUCCCCUCUAUAUACCACCUGUCCAACUUUUCAUCUACAAUAGUGGCCCGAUCACCGUGCAAAUAUGUCCGUAUCUUUUUUUUUUUCACGUUUUUCAAUCGUUUCUUCUUCUGUACACCGUUUCCGAACCAAACAUCGGUUAUUCGCGACGAUUUUUUCGCUAAUAUAAUUAGUUUGAAUUUAUAAUAUUAAUGCUGUGUGCGUUUGUGUGUAUGUGUGUGUGUGUGUGUGUGUGUGUGUGUGUGUGUGUGUGUGUGUGUGUGUGUGUGAGCGCGUGUGAGUUCCAUUUCCUUCGCAGUAUUUCCGGCGACAAAAGCGCGUUUACGCCGAAUCGUUUUGCUCUAUUGAUGUUAUCAUUUUCUCGGCGCCAAUUGUUCGCGCGCUGCGCAAGCAGGUUAUUGUUUCAUCGUUACACUGACCGGAGUCGUAUAGUACAGUGUUUGGGUGGUGUACAAUAAUACUCGGGCGUAGAAGAAAAAAAAAACGUAAAAAAGAAAAAAAAAAUAGUGUUUUCUUACGAAAAUCCGGCGUGCGUAUAGUAAACGAGCCCGGGUACAAGCGCGAUAAAUAAUAUGCGCGCGCGCCCUCCGUGUCGGCACGCGGUAUUAUCGUCUAACGUUUUUUUUUUUUUCCCGGCGGUUUGACGUUUAUGUACGCAUAUAUGUGUGUGUGUGUGUGUGUGUAUGUGUGUGUUUUAUGCUUUUCUUUUUUUAUUUUUCUUCAGUUCCGAACGGGACGGCGGCGACGGCGGUAGUCCGAUGGGAUUAUUUUUAACGAUUUUUUUUAUGUCGCAGCCGAAAAACAUUUUUUACACCACCCGAAUACGAAAUACAACGCACAGUGCACUAUACACAAUCGUAUAAGAGGUCGUGGAUUUUCGUAUUAGGCGUUUCGCUAAAAUAACGUGAUAAACGCGCGUAAACAUAUCCGUAGAACAUUACGUAACUGCCCGUCUCGAGUAUCGUCAUUGUAUUUUUCAAAAACAAAAAAAAAAACGAUGACAUAAAGUUGUACGAAAACGGUUGUUUCGUUGGAAACACUGGCACGCGGUAAAUCUGUAUAAAAUGCGUGCACGAAAAUACACUAGACAAAGCCGUUGAGUAAUUCAAAAAACUAUCCGUCUAAAAUCUUAAAUUCUCAAGUAUACUAUAAUAAUACAUUAUAAACCUACUAGCUGUUGUAAAACCCGGGGGGGGGGAAACGGACGUCCCCCAUUCGCUCCUUCAAUGUACUCUUAAUCCCGAUAUAUGCAUCAUAAGCUUGAUUUGAAUUUUAAAAAUUCCCCCUCCUACGUUAACUUUCCCUAGACCGCCGCUGCUUAUUAGAACAAUUUUCUAUUCCAAUCGUUACACAAAACCUUUUCGGUAAUUGAUCUACCCCAAACUCAUUUCCCGAGCAAACAAAAAACACUCGUACAAAAAAUUUUUAAAAAUGUACUUAAUUAACCGAAUACUUAUUUAAAUGAGUAUCCGGUGCAAAUGGCAUAAUGUCUCUACGAUUAUUUUUAAUCGAAUUUAACAAAGAACAAAAAUAGCUGAACCGAAAAUAUCAGAAACCGUUAUCGCGUACAUUUUCCCAUUUAACCUACAUUGUUUCCCAACUAUUAAGAAAACUACAAGGGAAAUCAAAAAAUGAACACCUCAAUGCACCAACUAGACAUAAUUGUACACCUGUAACAACCCCCGAAGUUGAUGAACAAAACAAAAUUUCUGGUAGGAAAGUUGUUAACAAACUUAAAACAAGUGAUAGGUACUGCUCACUGGUAGGCUACUGUUUGUAGAUUACGGGUAGUCGGGAAAAGAGUAAUUUAAUAAUUCUUAGCGGAGUAGUACUAUUCUCGUUUUUCCCUUGUUGCCCGCAAGAUAACCAAUGGAAUCAACAUGAAGUUUUACCGUUUUUCUUUAUUAAGAAGACUACAAUGAAAUUAAAAAAAAAAAAACCAAUCCUUCCCGAUGCACCAACUGGAUCCUAAAUGCUAAAAAAAAUACUCUAUACAAUUUGAUACCUGAAAAUACUUGAAGUUAAUGAUUGGGUAAAAACGUCUGAUAAAAAAAGUUGUUAAUAAAGAGAAAACACAUUUUUUUUUUUCCGUUUUUAAACACAUCAUAGUAAAAUGAAAUUCCUAGUAUAAUUUACCAAUGUAAAAUUUAAAAGAUCCGCUCAACGCUUUUAAUAAUAUUGUCGUGGUAUAAUAUUUGCUUUGAAAUCAAAUGGAAUCCGUUACAUUUUUUUUUUUUUUAUUAGGUUACCGGUUUAAGCGACCUCGAGAACGCGUUCGUGAAAGCCAACGCAAAAGGAUUUCCGACCGACCUGCUGUACAGCGCGGUCGGCCUGGAAGGUCGGUCCGACGACAACAAAGCGCAACUGGCCAAAGCGCUGGAAACGCCGCAGGUGCAAAACGACGUGCGGAAGGCGGCCGUCAAUUACGCGGUCAAAGAAGUGCCGACCACCCGCGAAAGCACGGAGGGAUAUUGUUCGUACUCGUGGUUGCGGUGGUUGCCGUACAUGGACUGCGCCGAGCCGUCGGCCAGCGAAUCGCGCCAGACCCUGCAGCUGAUCAACACCAACAGGAACUGUAUGCGCUGAACCGGAUUAAAAACAAUAGACGACAAUUAGUUUUCGUUGCCGUUGCGAUUUCGAUGUUAUGUUUAUAUUUGCAUUGAAAUAAAAUACACAAAACCGC